AAAUCCACAAAGCAGACUGACUAGUUUUGUACUCUCUCUCAGCCAUUGACACUAGAAUGCACCAUUGAAGUGCCUAAACUUCUAGAAGGAUCUUGAUCGAACAAAAUGCUUGUCAAAUUCUGUAAAGCCCUCGAAAUUUAGACGCUGUAAAGACGAAUUCGAAAAGCACGCUACUUGAGCGAGACAUAAUGUCAGUUACGCUGCACACGAAUCUCGGUGACAUCAAGUGUGAGAUUUUCUGCGACGAGGUCCCCAAGGCCGCCGAGAAUUUUCUGGCUCUUUGUGCAAGUGGUUAUUACGAUGGGACCAUAUUUCACCGAAAUAUUAAAGGUUUUAUGAUUCAAGGUGGAGACCCAACAGGUACAGGCAAGGGGGGAACCAGUAUAUGGGGGAAGAAGUUCAGCGACGAGAUAAGAGAAUCUCUCAAGCACAACGCAAGGGGGAUACUUUCAAUGGCCAAUAGUGGCCCCAAUACUAAUGGAAGCCAGUUCUUCUUAACAUAUGCGAAGCAGCCUCAUCUGAAUGGAGUGUACACUGUGUUUGGUAAAGUGAUUCAUGGGUUUGAAGUCCUUGAUCUAAUGGAAAAGACUCAAACGGGUCCGGGAGAUCGGCCACUAGCAGAGAUCAGACUCAAUCGCGUCACAAUGCAUGCUAACCCACUUGCUGGCUAGCCUUGGCUUGAAACAUUUCUGGCUUUUCUGCAUCAUGGGAAGCCGGCGGUGAAGACUUCGAGCCCGUUUGGACUAAUUUAAUCAGUUUUCAAGCAUAAAACGAAAGUUCUCAUUUUCAAGAAGCUUGCAAAGACUUCGAGCCAAGUGUCGGAUUUUUUUAUUUUUAUUUUUAAAAAAGAAAGUUCUUCCACAUGUAUCGUUUGCUUUUCACCAUGACCUUCUAGUUAUAUCAGUUCAGACACAGGAAUCUCCAUGUUGCUCGGCACAAAGGUGAUAUAAUUUCUUGUUCAAACUAAUCUUCAGUUCAAAUAAUAAAAGCCAAUACCCCUUUUUUCA